AUGUCGCCCAAACCUCGCUUUAUGAGGUCGCCCUCGCCGGUCGGCCUGGGUCGGUCGUCUUUCUCCUCCAUCCGCGAGCGCGACUCGGACCUGGCCCAGACCUUUACCUCUUCCAAGAUCUCUUCCUACAGCUCCCACAACCUCAAGCACCUGGCCCAUGAGGUGGCCGUCUCCGACGAGCCCUCGACGCCCACCUCUCCCCUCUCCACACCGAGCACCGCAGGCGACGUCAUCCCCUCCGACAACAACAUGCUGCUGCUUCCCAGCCAGCAUGGGGCCGUCGAAUUUGAUCUCAAGGCCAGAGAGAACGACUUGGCCCAGUCCUUUGCUCGUUCUCUGGCCUGGCUGAACACCGGGUCUGCCAUGGAGUCCCAGGUGGAUGCAUCGUCUGUUAUUGAUCUCACCGACACUGUCAUGAAUGACGUGGAAGAUGUCAAGCUCACAAAGUCGAAGCAGCCUUUCGAGACUCUGCCCAUCGAGAUCUUCCGCAUGAUCGUGGACCACCUCAUCCUUGACACGCCACCAAACGGCAUCGACCGCCGCAAUGUGGACCUCAUGUCACUGCUGGUCACUUCCUCGUCUGUCCACGACAAGACCCUCGAGGCACUGUAUCGCCGUGUUAUCGUUCCGCACUCGCGCAACUUCCAAAAGUUCUUCACCCAGCUCGAGGCGCACGCCCCGCGCGGGGAAUGGGUCCGCCGUCUGGACUUUUCUCACUUCAGUCCCGUCAGCUUGUUCGCCACCGCCAGCGCACGCGCUGCCGCCAAGAACCUGACGGCCGAGACUCUCCUCCGCUGCCUCAACAUGACGCCCAACCUGCAGGAGUUCCUUGUCCAGGACUACCUCGACGGUGACAUUGACGAGAACGUCAUCCGGAAGCUGCUUGUCGGCCUUCCGCGACUGGCGGCACUUGACCUGUGCGGCAGCUCUUCGGUUCAGUUCCGCAACGCCUUUGCGGCGAUCGCUGCGAGCGAGGGCCCGGACUCCACGGACUCGACCUGGCCUCAGAAACUCGGUAUCCAGCGCCUGUCUCUGCACAAGUGUAUCACCCUGCCGUCCGCUGUUUUUGAGUUCCUCCUGCCGAAGCUGAACCGCCUGACGCACCUGGACCUCGCAGGCACGCGCGUUACCGACGAAGCGCUCAUGAGCAUUCCCACCACGGCACGCAUCUCGCAUCUGAACCUGGCCAAGUGCUCUCUUCUGACCGCCGACGGCGUCAUCAACUUCUUGACGAACCACCCGGCUGUGAACCGAGACACGUUGGUCUUCCUCAGUCUGGGCUGUGAUGCCUCCACAUUCCAGCUUCUUGAAGUUGAGGAUGUUUCUCGUCUGCUCCCCAUCCUUCCCAAGACCCUCAAGUCCUUGAGCCUGAAGGGUAGCAAGAUGAACGAGUCGCAUCUUCCCCACCUCCGCGAGCAGGCCGCUCACCUCGAGGAGCUGGCGCUCGGCCGUGGUCUGAGCCUGGACGACGUCGGCACCAUCGUGCAUAUUGGACAAGCACCGGCAGAGGAAAAGGUCGACAACGGCCAUACUCCUCUUCCCCAUGAGCUCCGUUACCUGGACCUCUCCGACAUGGACGUUGAGAACUUCAACCUCGCUUCUCUCCUCAUCGAUGGCCUCCUUCUGGGCCAGAAGACGUGGCCUCUGGAGGUCAUUGAGGUGUCUGACCCGGUGUUCAAGCGCGUUGCCAAGUCCAACACCGCUCUGCAUCGCAUGGGCUGGCGCCAAUCGGAGAUUGGUUCCCGCUCGUGGCUUGUGCGCGGCAGCCCUCGUCCGUCUGUUACGAGCGGCCGCGGGCGGUCCUCUCUCCCCGGCUCUGUCUGCACCCGUGGCACGUUUGCCAUGGAGAAUGGCUCCCGGAAGUGGAAGAUGGGUGCGCAGUCCUGGGGCAUGCGCAAGAUUCCCGUCGCUCACGCCAAGGUCGGCGGCAUGUACGGCUCCUACAUGUUUGGCCGCAAACUGUAA